AAAAUGGUGUGUAGAAUACUAGAAUUCGAUUGGAGGGACGGAAUUUUGCAGGAUUCUGUUAUUGUUCUCCGUUGGCCGCGUGCUCGCUGUUGGUUCCUGAAAAGGAGAUAAUUGAGUAAUGUGAUCAGGCCAUUUUGAGUAAAUUUCCCUAAUGCUUUAGUCCCUCUUUUAUUUUUUUUCUUCCAUUAAUUAAGAUAUUAAGAAAGUAAGAAUAGCAUGAUUUACGGAAUCCCGGCAGUGGCAGAAUCCAGUUUAUUGCAACCUGGAGUGGAAUUUCACUGAACAUUUUGGUUCAUCAUGUUGGGUGUGUUGUUACUGCCGUACCGGCUCCCAUUGGUUCAAUAUUGUUCGUCAUCCCAAAGUAGUAGGAUGAGAAAUAGUGUACCGUUUUCCCGCUUAUAUGUUAGUAUGCUACAAUAAAUAACCUCCAAAUUCUGUAGGGAAGAAAAUAAUAUUCUUCUUCCAUACAGCCUGAAAAUAAUAUUCGGCUUCCAGAACCUGUUAAAUUACGCUGCAGCCUGAAAAUGCAACAGAACAGGUCAUUAUUUGCUGACCUGUUGAUGGAACAAUUGGUAGUUAGAACUGAACACAUGGACAACAGAUUUCCUGUUGCCUGUAUACUUAAUGUAUGAAUGCAUUGCAUAGUUCGAUAUUCUCGCUACAAAUAGAUUUUUUGUUCUUAAAAUAAUUCUUGUUUAUGCACUAGCUUGGUACAUCACCUUCUUGAGGUUAAGAUGUUGGGGCGCGCAAUACGCAGUAUGGAGGUUAUGGUGCAUUCUUCAACCUUCCUUCUUCCAAAGUUGCAUCAGCCUGCCAACUCUCCAGCAAAGAAGUAUGCUCUAGUUGUUCUUAAUCAGAACCUUCCACGAUUCGUGCCCCGCCUGUGGACUCAUGAGCAGCAAAGCUAAGAAUCUGUGCUGAUGGAGGUGCCAAUCGUAUAUUCGAUGAGAUGUUUCAGAUGACUAAUGAUCCAGACUAUGAAAGCACCCGAAAAAGGUAUAUUCCAGAAAUAAUUGAGGGAGAUAUGGAUUCUAUAAGGCCAGAAGUGAAACAGUUCUACUCUAGCCAGGGAUCUAAAAUUUCUGAUAAAUCACAUAACCAAGAGACAACAGAUUUGCACAAGUGUAUUUCUCGGAUCCAUCGUUGUACACCUGAUCAUGAAAAAACAAAUCUUUGUGUUCUUGUGACUGGAGCACUUGGUGGAAGGUUUGAUCAUGAGGCUGCUAAUAUCAACAUUCUGUAUUUGUUCUCGGACAUGAGGAUUGUUCUUCUAUCAGAUGACUGCUUGAUUCGGCUUCUUCCCAAAACACACAAGCAUGAGAUCUAUAUUGAGUCAUCUGUUGAAGGGCCACAUUGUGGACUUUUUCCUGUUGGAGCACCAUCUGGAAGCACUACAACCACUGGCCUGAAGUGGAACUUGAGUGAAGCGAAGAUGAGAUUUGGGAGUAUGAUAAGCACAUCCAACAUUGUUCACGCAGAAAAGGUUACUGUACAAUCCGAUGCAGAUCUUCUCUGGACAAUUUCCCUCCGAAAUCUGACCUGAAGAGCCACCUCCACUUUGCACCCUUCGCCAGUUUUCCCCUUCUCUGGCAUAUCUUGGUGUUGUGUGUAAUCAGCCUAGAUCCUGUACAGCUGUUUAUGAGUUCAAAGGCAGUUCUGCUUCUGCAUCGGCCAAAUAAUUUUCCCUGCUUCAUGAUAAAGCAAUUCAUGAUGCUCAUGAGGUUAGAAACUUUUAAGGAGGAGCUGCCAGUGGAUUGCAUGAACACCACAGGCAGAUGUAUGAUGUAAUUCCUUUAUUGGUUUGUUUCUGUGGGAUCGGAUGAGCAUAUGAUCCCUGCAAUACCUCUCUUCCGAUUGGCACUGCGUACUCUGCACAUAUAACUUGCUGAAGAGAAGGAUUCUUGCAUUUAUGCCCGCCUAAGACGGGGGAAAAGAAAUAUGUUUGCCUUCUCUUCUAGCCGGAUUUUUUAUUUCUUGUUUUCAGACAUUAGUAUGUUUUGCAUUGUCUCGUCUAUCCAUAUUACAGAUUACAUCAAGUGUGUAAAAAAGACGGAUCAGAGAUGAACUGAUUUUUGUCAGGUCUGGACAGCA